UCUUGGGUUUCUUGUACCGCAACCUUUGCGAGGCAUGUCGCCGCACUUCACGGAACCCAUCCAUUGGGGGUGUGUGUUUCUUCUUCAGGUGUGGAUGUGGUUUCGGUUACCAGUUGGGCGGCCGCAGACUCUUGAUCCGCGUCCGUGGUUUGAGGUCGUCGGCCACCGCCUCAGACCCACUGCUGCUUACUUGUGGGACCAGGUCCGCACUAACUGGGCCAGACCAGAGCGCGCUUACGUCGAGUACACGAACGAGUUGGACACACUUACUCCUUCCAUGGUGAUAUGGCAGCCGUUCACGGAGGAGAGGCUGGGCCCCCUACAGUUAAGCUCCAUGUGCCAUGUGGAUGAGGACAUGUACACGAUGUCGAACUGCCCAUUGAUUUGCUUCUAUGUUGUGGAGUUCCACCUGCCGCACAGAGUUGCACGACAGUUUGGGUUGAGACAGGAGUGGCCUGUGCGUCAGAUGUCGACGUCUGUGGAAUUGCACAAGUAA